GCGCAGCGCCGCACAGAACACAGACAAAUACACACCGGUCGAGACGUGUUCGUUCAAGAUCAGAGCGUUGACUUAACGGUGCGUUGCUGAUUAAAUACAUAUGUACACAUGUAUGUGCAAGUGCAAGUGAGAUGGCAACUAGCAAGACCAGAGAGAAAUAAGAAGAAGAAAAUAAAUCCCAAAGACCGCGAGCAAAUAUAGCGUUUUUAGACAACUCGCGUCGCCUGCAUAUUUACACAACAAUUGCAAUUAGAAAUUCAUAUCAAUUAAAAAGUAUUAAAACCAAAGAAAAAUCUGUCAUCGAAGUGAAGCAAAAUAAAACAAGUGAUUGGAAUAAAUUUGCAAAUAAAGUGGAAUUGUAAAAAAAAGACAGCGCAGCGCAUAGGAAGAACGCCAAGUGUUAGAGGAGCAACGAAGAUCUACAAACAACAGAAAAUAGGAAGGGAAGGUAGGCUCCCCACUUGGACUCAGUGCCGCGUAAGAGAUUGUUCGGAGCAGGCUUCGUUCGGAGUAAGAGUGGAGAACAAUAAUAAUAAUAAUACACCAUAACGUAUCGGAAUUGGAGUUGGAAUUGGAGCAAUAAGAACACAAUAUGACAUCACAUCUGCGUCACUGUGCCCGUCUGGGCAUCAUCGUGCUGGGGCUCUGUUCCAUUGCCGGCGGCAUUUAUCUAUUCCGCAAUUGGAUCGAGAUGUUUACACGCAUGCGCGGCAAGGAAAUGGCUCUCAGUCCCACAUCACGUUCUUUCGAGGGCUGGAAGAUCUCACCACUGCCACUGAAUUUUGAUGUAUACAUUUUCAAUUGGACAAAUCCGGAGGACUUUUAUGUGGGCUCUGGCAAAAAGCCGCACUUCCAGCAGCUGGGACCCUAUCGGUUUCGGGAGAGCCCCGACAAAGUGAACAUUGAAUGGCACAAUCAAAACGCUUCCGUGUCUUUCCGCAAGAAAUCUGUCUUCUACUUUGAUGCAGCUGGCAGCAAUGGCAGCCUCACGGAUGUUGUGACCCAAGUGAAUUCCGUAGCCCAUUCAGCAGCUAAACGAGCCGCCGACUCUAUGAUGGGCAGAUUCAGUGUCAAUAUGGGCAUCAAAGUGUAUGACCAGCGACUCAGCAUCACGCGAUCCGCCGAUGAGUGGCUCUUCAGGGGCUUCGAGCAUCCGUUCAUCCGUUUGGGCAAGAUAAUUCGACCGGGAGAUGUGCCAUAUGACCGCAUUGGCUAUCAGUAUCCAAGGAAUGGCAGCUCCGAGUUCGAUGGCGAUAUAAACAUGUUCACGGGUGCCGAUGACAUCGCGAAGAUGGGACAAAUCUACACGUGGAAUAGUCUAACGCAUACGGGCGCAUUUCCGGGCGUCUGUGGUCAGGUCAGGGGCUCAAUGGGCGAGUUCUUUCCACCCAAUUUGAGCACCAACGACAGCGUGUACAUGUACAUGCCGAAAAUGUGUCGUGCCGUGCCCUUGGACUACACGGAAACGGUGACUGUGCAUGGCAUAACCGCCUACAAAUACAGUGGCACCGAGCAUGCCGUGGACAAUGGCACCCUCUAUCCGGACACCAGCUGCUAUUGCGUCGGCGGCAAGUGCCGGCCCGUUGGCGUCAUCGAUAUUGGACCCUGCUCCUUCAAUGCCUCGGUGUUUAUGUCGUUUCCACAUUUCUACAAGGGCGAUCCCAGCUAUUUGGAAGCGGUGGAGGGCCUAAAGCCAGAGAAGGAGAAGCAUGAGUUCUACAUGACGCUGGAGCCGAAUGCCGGUGUGCCCAUGGAUGUGGGCGGCGGUUUCCAGGCCAACUACUUAAUGGAGCCCGUCAAGGGCAUCAGUAUCUACGAUAAUGUACCGAGCGUAAUGCUGCCCAUGAUGUGGUGCGAGGAGAGGGUACGCGUUACGGAGGAGAUUGCCGCCGAUAUAGCGCUGGUGCCGCUCAUUGUGCUGCUCGGACAGAUUGUCACUGGUAUACUGCUGGCGGGCGGUCUCAUCUGCACCUGCUGGUACCCCACGCGGCAGGUGACACAGUUCUGCCAGGGUGAUCCCAAGGCCAAGGCGAAUGUCCUGCGGCCGCUCACCACCUUUGGCGUGAAUACGGGGGCAGCUACAGUGCCCGUGUCCCAGUUGUUCCGCCACAACACGAACGCGGGCGGCAACGAACGGGUCGGAGUCCGUCUGCUGGACUACAGGCGUGACUCUGGCAUGCAGGAGCAACAGGAUGGCAGUAGCGAGGAGCGACUGAUCAGUGAAACGUCGCCCGAUGUGAUAGUUAGAUAAUACAACGAUUCGGCUCGCGCAUUCCCGGCGAUGGCCCCGCCGCCGCCACCAUUAACCAUCAAGCAUGAUUCAAGACUCAUUUUCAUUAUUUUAUCGUAGCCUAGAAGAGUAUAAAACUGAUGAUAAAGCCAUUUUUGCCUUAGCCAAGCCCCACGUGCUGGCCCCUUCCUUCACAUUGCAUCACAUGCGCUGCAUAAACACACAUACACAUACACUUACACAUCCCAUCCGCAUUAGGAGUUCCCUCAACAUAUCUAAACGUGCAUACGGCUGGACAGCACGCGCGCGCGACAGAGAGACAGAGAGAGAUUAAUAAGAUUAUUUAUUUUAGUGCCAAAAAGAAAAGAGAAAAGAGAAGAGAGAAGCAGAGAACCCAAACAAAAGUCAUUAACUAUUUUAGUAGGUUAAACUAAACUAAAUUAAAUUGUAAAUAAAAUGAGAGCACUAGCACCCCCCCCGCCCCAUGAUCAUCACACAUGCCCCCAAAAAUUUGUUGAAGUUGAAACACUGCGCAAUCCCAAAGUAUUUAUAUAUUGUAUAUACAUAUACCUACCGAUAAUAACGUUAAUUCUUUUUUUCUAAUUUUUAAAACGAUAUUCUAGUUUUUUAUAAAACUUGAGAGAUGGUGUGAUAUCAAUGAUUGAUUGAUGUUUGAUGAUCAAUCAAUUGCAACAGAAAUACUACGAGCUUGGUAACUUUUAUCACUGCACGGCGAUCCCCAAGACAUAUUUCAAUCAAUUUUGAUCCCUCUAGAUAGAAAGUCUUUUUUUUUUAAUUUUUAUCUUGUACACACACACACACACACACAUACACAUACAUAUCCUAAUAGCUGAAAGAUUUCGGAUAUAUCCACACCAUAUGUGUAAAUAUGUAAAUCAGUGUAAAGUCGGACAUAAGUUAGCCUAUAGCUCAGCUGUGAAACCCCAGGAAAUAUUUCCAAAAAAUUCCUUAAGAUACAUUUUUGAAUUUAAAGAAAAGAAUAAAACAAAAAGAAAACGCUUAAA